AUGUGGUGCCAUCUGAACAGGUCUGCUCAAUUCUCGUUUCAUCUUGCAAAGCGAGUGUGUAAAGGAUCGUUCGAACAAGAAGUGUAUGCGUUUCGGGCUCCUGUAACGCUUGCUAACUUGAAGAAUAAAAUGGAUGAAGAAUUGCAAACAAUCAAAGUUAAUGUGAAAGGAAAGGAUGGCCAACUAUUGGAACUAAAAGCCACAGUUCAGUUAGACUAUCUUCAGGACAGCUUUCCAGAUGGCUCAAAUGUUGGUACAGUUAUUGCAUUCCAUGGAGUUCCUGGAUCGCAUAACGAUUUCAAAAUUCUAAAAUCUCACUUACAAGAGAAAGGCGUCCGUCUGGUUGUUGCAAACUUUCCAGGAUUUGGAUAUACACCAGGUGAUGAUGGCUUGGCUUGCAGUGGUGAUGAAAUGGUUCAAUUUGCCGAUGAAAUUUUUAAGCGUAUCGAACCAAAAGGAAAAUUAAUUUUUUUGGGUCAUAGUCGUGGGUCAGAAGUGGCUCUACGCAUGAGUGCAUUAUAUGAGAAUCAAACAACCGCUAUGGUACUCGUGAAUCCAAUCGGUCUUUCGGCACAUCACGGAGUCAGGCCACGCUUUGUCUCAAGUUUUUUGGCUUGGCUUUGGAUUGUAGGCAGUAGCAUUCGCUUUUUGCUGAGACCUAUGCUAUAUUUCUGUAUGUUUUUAAUCAUAACCCUUUCAAUCAAGAAUGGUGACGUUGGUGCUACGACAGUGAAAUCUGUUUCGAUGGUUCAGUUCUCAAAUCAGUUACAAUACAUUCAACAGUUGAACAACAGCCAUCUACAGAUGCUGAUUGUCUACUCUGGACGUGACCGUAUAAUUGAGCAAUCAAUUAGCGAUGAUCUUGUGCAGAAAUUCGAUAGCAUGGAGCGCAUGAUUUCUGAAGCGAAAACUGCUGAACCAUCUAUGUGUGAGCAAUAUUCCCAAAAGCUGAGUGCUGGUUCACGAAAAAUAGCAGUUUGCUUCUCGAAAGAAGGACAUCAACUGCAACGAAAUCAGGCCCAAUUUUUGUCAGAUGCAAUUAUGGACAUGUUCGAGAAUGCUGCCAGACAAUCAUAA